AUGGACGACACUAUUUGUUGGCCAACAAUACAACACUCUCAUGAUUUAUUCGUCUUAUUCGCUGCAGUAACUGAUGGCUUUCCGCAUCCACAGGCUCAUCCUUUCAACCAACAUUGCCCAUUGCAGCUUGAUUGGAAUUUGGCAAUUGGCUUUCUUCUCUCCCACUCCAUGUCUUUUCAUUAUUCCCUUGAUUUAAAUUUUCAUACCUAUGUUCAUUAUCUAUCCAUUUAUCUAUCUCAGCCUAUUGAUAUCUAUCUAUUUAUCUAUCAAAGUCUUUUGUUCAUAUCUAUCUAUCUAUCUAUCUAUCUAUCUAUGUAUCUAUCUAUCACAGUCUGUUUAUAUCUAUCUAUAUAUGUAUCUAUCUAUCACAAUCUGUUUAUAUCUAUCUAUCUAUCUAUCUAUCACAGUCUGUUUAUAUCUAUCUAUCUAUCACAGUCUGUUUAUAUCUAUAUCUAUCUAUCACAGUCUGUUUAUAUCUAUAUAUCUAUCUAUCACAGUCUGUUUAUAUCUAUCUAUCUAUCACAGUCUGUUUAUAUCUAUCUAUCUAUCUAUCUAUCUAUCUAUCUAUCUAUCACAGUCUGUUUAUAUCUAUCUAUCUAUCUAUCUAUCUAUUUUUUUUAA